GUAGACCAAUGCCGCGUCUUGUUGACGUCAGCCAUGAUUUGUUGCGCGGCGGGCAGCACGACGUAAAUAAAAGUUCGGCUAUCAUCCGGACCGAGGCAGCGGCGGCACAAUUCUCUUUGCAGUUCCCAGUUAUCGUGCAUCAGUCCCCCUCCUGAUCUGCUUGUACACAUCAGCCCGUUCUGCUCUCCUAGCUGGACAUGGACGUGUGCUGCAGACCGUACCUCCCGCAGUCAGCCUGCAAACACAUGGACGCUCAAGGCUACAAGCGGGUCAGAUGGCGGGUGUGGUCGUGUCGCCUGAUGGCCGUGCUGUCCUUGGGUUUAAUCCUCGUGGUGUUUCGCUGGCGCCCUCGCCUGGCUCUCCUGGCACGCUGCCGCCACUGUCCUCUGGCGCUAGCGGACUUCGUGUUAAUACGAGACACUUUUGGCCAGCAGCAUGUGGUGGAAGUCUUGACCGAGGAGAUUGAGGAGGGAAGUUUGGGAUUCUUAGGAGAUGGUGUGGACACCGAAUGGAGAGAGACAGUUCACCUCUACCAGGAGAAGCAAACGCUGCUUCGCUACUACCUGCUGGAAGGACUGCGCUAUGUGUGGCUGGACAGGAGGGCGGAUUUCUGUCGCGUCAGCGUCCUCCACGAGGACUGGACCUGCCAGGACCUCCACGGCUUCCGAGACGGCUUGAGUCCCCCCCAGCAGGUCUUGAGGAGACAAGUCUACGGACCCAACCUGAUUGAUGUCCCUGUCAAGUCUUACUUCACACUACUGACUGAGGAGGUCCUCAACCCCUUUUAUUUAUUCCAAAUAUUAAGUAUCAUGCUGUGGUUGUUUGAAGAGUAUUACUUCUACGCAGCAUGUAUAUUUCUCAUCUCCCUGCUCUCCAUUGGUAUCUCGCUUUAUGAGAUCCACAAGCAAAGCUGCACUCUUCACAACAUGGCCCGCCUGGUUACAAAUGUCACAGUGCUAAGAAACUCAGGAGUGCUAGAGAACAUUAGUUCCGAGGAGCUGGUGCCUGGUGACUGCAUAUGUUUACCCAGGGACGGUCUGCUGCUGCCCUGUGACGCCGCCCUGCUGGUCGGGGAGUGUCUGGUCAACGAAGGCAUGUUGACAGGCGAGAGCGUCCCAGUGCUGAAAACCCCUCUACCACUUUCUGAGAGGAGGUACACGUCAGAAGGGGAGCGCAAGCAUGCACUGUUCUGUGGAACACAUCUCAUCCGGGCCAAAGGUGGGGGGCCCUUUGGUUGUGGUGGUGUUGCAGUCGUCACCGGCACAGGGUUUUUCACCGCCAAAGGUAGCUUGGUCAGCUCCAUUUUGUACCCUCAGCCCACCAACUUCCGCUUCUACCGAGAUGCCACCAAGUUCCUCAUUGUCCUGGGUGUAUUGGCUUUCUUGGGGACCAUUUACAGUCUGGUUGUCUUCUCCUGGUUUGAUAUGAGCUGGAUCGAGAUGGUGAUCCGGGCUUUGGAUUUAGUCACCAUCGUGGUGCCGCCAGGCCUGCCCGCCGCCAUCACCACAGGUACAAUCUACGCCCAGCACAGGCUGAAGAAGCAAGGCGUCUUCUGUAUCAGUCCUCCGCGCAUCAAUAUCAGUGGCAAGGUGUCGCUCUUUUGCUUUGACAAGACAGGAACUCUGACAGAGGAGGGGCUGGACGUGUGGGGAGUGACGGAGAGCGGACCUGCCGGGUUCUCGCAGGUGGUCUCGGACCCCAGACUUCUCUCGCCGGGGCGCAUGCUCUCAGCACUGGCCUGCUGCCACACUGUGACCCUGCUGCAGGGGCAGCACCUUGGGGACCCCCUGGAGCUGAAAAUGCUCAAGUCCACCGGUUGGUCCCUCCAGGAGCCCGGAGAGGGCGCUGAGGCGCUGGAUGCCGAGUUUGCAGGCCACAGAGUUUUAGCGGUGCUGAGACCUCCUUUAAGGCUGUUCCCUUUUCCUGAAAGUUCUGCAAGCCAGGCCCUGGCAAUAGUGCGGAGGUUCACCUUCUCCUCGGCCCUGCGCAGGAUGAGUGUGGUGACGGUGGCCUGCUGGGGGCACUCAGCUCUGGCUUUCAUGAAGGGCUCCCCGGAGAUGGUGGCUGGCCUCUGCCGUCAAGACACAGUGCCGCCAGACUUCUCAAGCAAACUACGCAUCUUUUCCAGCGAAGGCCUCAGAGUUCUUGCUUUGGCCUACAAACCAGUGGACCAAAGUGCUGAUCUCAGCACCAUUGAACGAUGCGAGGUGGAAAAAGAUAUGGUCUUUUUGGGUCUGCUCAUGAUGAAGAACCUGGUGAAGCCAGAAAGCUCCCAGGUCAUCAACACGCUGAGGAUGGCGGCACUUCGCACCGUCAUGGUCACAGGCGACAACAUUCUAACUGCAAUAAACGUGGCGAAAAACUGCGGCAUGGUGCGGCUCGACGAGCGGGUGGUGUUUGUCCAAGCCAGCGCCCUCACGAGUCAGGCCGCGCCCACCCUGAGGUUCCACCUGGAGGACGGGGUGGGCUCCGUGGUCCCAACCCGGGACGCCUACCAAGGAGACGUGGUCUACCACUUGGCUCUCGGCGGCACUUCCUUCGACGUCCUCUGCGACCACUUCCCCGAACACCUGGCCAAGGUUUUGAUGCGAGCCACAGUCUUUGCACGCAUGGCGCCUGACCAGAAAACACGGCUGGUGAAAGAACUGCAGAAGCUAAACUACCGGGUGGGCAUGUGCGGCGACGGCGCCAACGACUGCGGUGCCCUGAGAGCGGCCGACGUCGGGGUUUCUCUGUCUGAAGCGGAGGCCUCCAUCGCGUCGCCAUUCACUUCCAAGACGGGGAACGUCAGCUGCGUGCCGCUGCUCAUCAGGGAAGGCCGAUGCUCGCUGGUCACCUCCUUCAGCCUCUUCAGAUACAUGGCCGCCUACAGUAUCAUCCAGUUCACCUCCGUGCUGGUCCUCUACACCGUGGGCACCAACCUGGCCGACAUGCAGUUCCUGUUCACCGACCUGGUCCUGGUGACCUUGUUGGCCGUGGUGAUGGGCAGAGGAGGCCCCAGCGAGGAGCUCCACCCCCGCAGGCCGCCUGCCAACCUUCUGACCCUCCCCGUCCUCGGCAGCCUCCUGGUCCACGUCUCCAUGGUGAUCCUGGGCCAGCUGGCGGCGCUCUUCCUCACCCGCUCUCAGGAAUGGUAUAUUCCAGUCAAUUCUACAGUGUUUGGCUCAGCAAACCUUCCCAACAUGGCCGACACCUCAGUCUUCUCUGUGUCAGGCUUCCAGUACGUCUUCAUGGCCGUGGUGCUCACCAAGGGCUUCCCUCACAAGAAACCUCUCUAUCACAACGUGAUCUUCUUAUGUCUGCUGCUGCUCCUGUUUGCCGCCAUGGCCUACUUGGCGUUGGCUCCUUCACGGGCGUUGAUGGCGGCGCUGCAACUUGACCACCUUUCAGACGUCAACUUCAAGAUGCUUAUCGUGGCCUUGGCCGCGCUCAACUUCCUGCUUUGUUUCGUGGCAGAGAUGUUGAUCGACGUUGGCAUCCUCAACUGUCUUCGUUGGAUGUGUCCCAGACGCUCCUCCAAGAAAAAGUACAAACGUCUCCACUCGCUCCUGAGCAGCACUCAUACGCCAACAUGGCCACCGCUCAACCAAACACUUCAGCCCUCAGAGCACACGGCCGCCAGCCUCAGGUGAUGUCCCCCUUGCGCCACAAAUGGAAAUAAGUUGUUCACUGUAUUGCCGCUAGGUGUCGCCACUCUGCACUUCUGGAUUCAUCAAUGUUUACUCCACAUGGAAAACAUGACUUUGUACACACAAUGUAUGUACCUAAAAUUUUAACUAAUAAAAUCCAAACACAAAA